CGGUGUUUAGCUGUUCGAGGCCAGCUGUGGCGUUUCUUCUUUAGCUAUAUUAGGAUAGCUAGAAAAUCUAGGAUCUUGAUCUGACGAUAUGAAGGAAUCUAGUAGGAAUUCUCUCCCGCCUAUUUUAAUGGGGCUUAUUAAUCACGCGCGUCCUGGCUGACUUUAGCCUGAUGCAUCUCCCAUGUGUUCUUGGACCACCCACUUGGAUGGCAUAACAAUGUUUGUUGAAUAAAGCUCGAAAGGCUUUUAUUAUUUAUAUAGUAUUUUCGGCGUAUCAUUUUAUAAACAUAAAAGAUAGCCAAUAUCAUUCCGGCAGCCCAGUUAUAAACGCUAUGCAUGACGAAGAGCGGCAACAUGCAGCGACGCCCACCGAGCGUCGGUUUUCUCUCGAUGAAUUUUCGACCCCAUCGACAAGCUGGCAGCUCGAUGACUUUGUUUUCGAGCCGGGAUAUGUUGAAUCUCGAGAGGCACUGCGCUAUUUGAUGCUGAGCACCGCACAGACUGCUCCGCCAUCUCCAGCUCACGAAAGCAGCCUCAUGCCGGGAUUGGAUUCGCAUGAAAGCGAGGAUCAGUCAUCAGCACGUCAUCAGAGUUCACAUCUCCUAUCGCAGGGACGGAGAAUCGAGUACCUAAAGAAUUAUAUAAGUGAGGUUGCUCCAUGGCUUGAUAUGUUUGACAGCUCUCAUGCUUUUGGGCUACAAGUACCUCUCCUGGCACAGACAUCCCCAGCUCUCUUAUGUGCAAUUCUGGCCAUAUCCGCGCGGCAAAUAGAGCGCAAAGAAGCGUCCGAAGGAAACCCAACUCCGCAGAACAACUUUGACAGUUUAGAGCUCUAUCAAGAAGCGAUUCGACUUCUGACGCCACUUCUACAAGCUCAUGAUCAAGCGGUAAUUCCAAUAUGCGUGAUAUUAUGCUGCCUUGAAAUGAUGUCUGCCAGUGCACGGGAUUGGCGCCGUCAUCUAGAAGGAUGUGCUGCGCUCUUCGAUGCCUUCGAAGUCCACGGAUUCUGCGGCGGACUACUACAAGCCGUCUUCUGGUGUCACGCUAGGAUGGACUUGUGCGGUGCCCUGAUUUCUGAUGGAACGCAAAGUACCAUAAUUCCACCUGCCGCUUGGCUGCCUCCUGGUACCGACAACUUGAGUGCCCGCCAAUUGUUUAACACCGUGAAAAGUCCCGACAUGCACGCCAAUUAUGCCGUUUAUCUCUGUGCCAAAGCCUGUGAGCUGGUUUCAGAUCGUACACAGCAUGAUGAACUCGGUGUCCCCAAUGGCUGUACAGCAGAAUCGUUUUUAUCUCGCUGGAAUGACUUGUGGGGUGAUCUACAAGCUUGGAUAGAUCAUCGUCCCAGUGAGCUGUUACCCAUGCAUACUAUAGAAUCCCGUCCAUUUCCACAGAUACUCUAUCUUCACUGGGCCGCAAUUUCCUCCAACCAAUUAUACCAUACUGCUUGCAUUUUGAUGCUAUCUUCGAUGCCGAGACAACGAGACGCUAUACCCGGUGUUACAGGAUCAUGUGUUUGGCAUGCAAAACGAAUCUGCGGAAUUUCGUUAACCAAUCCUCAUCAAGGAUGCCUCAACAACGCUAUCCAGCCGCUUUGGCUAGCAGGGAGGCUGCUUAGCCACGAAUCAGAGCACGCAAUAGUGGUGAAUUUGAUCCGUGAUAUUGAGUCAACAACUGGAUGGGGAACGUCUUGGAGAAUUCCCGAUCUUGAAGCAGCCUGGGGUUAUUCUAUUCGGAAGCGUUCUAGCUUCAAGCAUACUGAUCUCGACCCACCACAAAGUGCUCAAUCUGGGUGAUAGGACUCAAGAAGCAA